AUGGGGCAAUCUCAUUCCAAGGGCAACUCCGGCCCUGGAGAUUCCUUACAGUCUUAUCCAUCAUUUUCAAAGUCCGAUACCAAAGAAUCCCUACGGUCCUUUCGAGGUUCUAUUAGGUCGAAGAUUCGAAGUACGGACAGUCCGCGGGCGUCAACGGCCGCUCUUAGUCAAGAUGACAAAUCCGACGCUGGUUCCGUAAAGUCCCUUGGGAGUCGGCGCAGUUCCACCAACCUGAGUCGACCCGCCUCGGCCGAUGAAUCCGCCGCGGCAUCACCUACGGAUGCACCCGAUCCUCCCCCGUCCCCGACGAUGUCGAGCAGCUUGAAGCGCGGUCAUCAAGAUGUCACUGCCAUGAAGCAGAGCGGCGAGGUCGAUCACGUGUCUGAUGCUCCGCCAUCCGCAGCGCCCCCUCCAGGCUCACAAGCGAAAGUGGGCGAAUCCAUUCUGAUCAAACGAGAAGAUGCGUCGAAUCCCAUUCUUGACUUCAUCAUGAAGACCCCGCUCCAUUCGGACACAUCCUCCUCUUCCCCGGGCAUGGGAAUGGGUGCCUUGAAGUCAAUUGAUCUCGACGAUAUGAUCACUCGGCUUCUCGAUGCGGGCUACUCGACUAAGGUCACCAAAGCAGUCUGUCUCAAGAAUGCGGAGAUUACCGCCAUCUGCACUGCCGCACGGGAGCUCUUUCUGAGCCAGCCGGCGCUGCUGGAGCUUUCAGCUCCCGUGAAGAUUGUUGGUGACGUCCACGGACAAUACACUGAUCUCAUCCGAUUGUUUGAGAUGUGCGGCUUCCCUCCUGCUUCCAAUUACCUCUUUCUCGGCGACUACGUGGAUCGCGGGAAACAAAGCCUGGAGACAAUUCUCCUCCUCCUCUGUUACAAACUCAAGUAUCCCGAGAACUUCUUCCUUCUGCGCGGUAACCACGAGUGCGCAAACGUGACCCGAGUGUACGGCUUUUAUGACGAGUGCAAGCGGCGUUGCAACAUCAAGAUCUGGAAAACUUUUGUCGACACCUUCAACUGCCUGCCCAUUGCAGCUACCGUUGCUGGUAAGAUCUUCUGUGUCCAUGGUGGUCUCUCGCCGAGCCUUUCACAUAUGGACGACAUCCGUAACAUUGCCCGCCCAACGGAUGUCCCUGAUUAUGGCCUGCUCAACGACCUUCUCUGGAGUGACCCUGCCGAUAUGGAAGAUGAUUGGGAACCCAAUGAGCGCGGAGUCAGUUAUUGUUUCAACAAAAACGUGAUAAUGAACUUCCUUCAGCGCCAUGACUUUGACCUUGUUUGCCGUGCUCAUAUGGUCGUCGAGGACGGCUAUGAAUUCUAUCAGGAUCGAAUCCUUGUGACCGUUUUUUCUGCACCUAAUUACUGUGGAGAAUUUGACAACUGGGGUGCUAUCAUGUCGGUGUCUGGCGAAUUGCUCUGUAGCUUUGAGCUGUUGAAACCCCUGGAUUCUGCAGCACUGAAGAGCCAUAUUAAGAAGGGUCGGAAAGAGCGGAACAGCUUGAUCAACAGUCCUGUAGGUGGUGUCUUAUCUUGUUUUGUUCCAUCCGCCAAGAAGAAGCGCCGCGUCUCGUGCAACGACGCCGAGACUGUGCCCGCCGUUGUAUCGGCGCAGAGUUUUUAG